UUUGCAAAUGAUAUGUCUGAUAAGGGGUUAAUAUCCAAACUAUAUAAACAGUUCCUUCAACUCAACAUCAAAAACCAAACAAUUCAAUUGAGAAAUGGGCAAAAGAUCUGAAUAUACAGUUUCCCAAAAAAGUACACAGGUGGCUAACAGACACAUCAAAAGAUGCUCAACAUCACUAAUCAUCAAGGAAAUGCAAAUCAAAAUCACAAUGAGAUAUCACCUCACACCUGUCAGAAUAGUUAUCAUCAGAAAGUCUACAAAUAGCAAAUAUGUGGAGAAAAGCAGACCUUAGUUCACUCCUGGGGAUAAAUGGGUACAUCCACUAUGGAAAAUGAUGUGGAGGUUCCUCAAAAAAUUAAAAAUAGAACUACCAUAUGAUUCUUAGCAAUUCCACACAUGGGUAUAUAUCUGGAGAAAAUGAAAAUACUAAUUUGAAAAUGUUCAUGCACCCCAGUGUUCAUAGCAGCAGUACUUACACUAGCCAAAAUACGGAAACACUGACUGAUGAACAGAUAAAGAUGUGGUACAUAUAUACAAUGGAAUAUUACUUAGCCAUAUAAAACAAUUGAUUGACCUGAAGGGUAUUAUGUUUUUCAAGUAAGUCAUAUAGAAUAAAAUUUCACCUAUAUGUGGAAUCUAAAAAAUAAAACAAGCUAAUGAAUAUAACAAAACAGAGUCAUAGAUACAGAGAACAAACUAGUGGUUACCUGUGAAGAGAGGGUUGGAGGGAGGGGCAAGGUAGGCAAAAGGGCUUAAGAGGUGCAAACUACUAGGUAAAAAAUAAACAAGAUGCAGGGAUGUGUUGUAGAAGACAGGAAAUAUAACCGAUAUUUUAUAAUAACUUUAACUAGAGUAUGAUCUAUAAAAAAAUCAGUAUGUUGUAUACUUGAAACUAAUAGAAAAUUGUAAAUUGACUAUUCUUUAAUUUUUUUUUAAAAAAGGUAGGAGGUGGGGAUGCUGUCCUGUCUCAGCACUUUGCAGGCCUGUGGAGAGAGGCUGUGUGGGGCAGUGGUUAUCACCGUGGAUUCUAGCGCCUGCUAGCUGGGUCCAGUCCCUGCCUGCAGGUUACUCUGCCUUUUGGUGAAGUUGGUUCCUUAUCUGUGAGGGGAGUCUGGACGGUUUAUCCCCCCAAUGACUGUGACACCUCAGAGUGUUUGUUCCUUUUCAGGUGCCCAUAGACUGCCCAGGGCCCUGCCACUUCCUCCCCAAUGGUGGCAGCCCUGUUACAUGCACAGGUUGACACAGUCUAUCUUCUGUACUUCCUUGAAAAAGCUUGGGGUUGGGGCAGGCAGGAUAAUGAUUAGGGCUCUGAUUGACCAGCAGCAGGACACAGAAGGGCAAGCCACUAGCAACAGACUUGGUCUUGAGUUGUUGGCCCUGCAUUCCCUGUGUAAGGCUCAGGUAUCCUUGGAUUCAGUCUCCUUAUCUGCAAACUGGGAAUGCGCAUAGUUGUGAAGACGACAUGUGGGAGGUACAGAAGGCAUCUGUCCCAGGGGCAGUCAGGCCUUUCCCCGCUCUGAACACCAUCAGAUGCAGUCUAGAUGGUGAGCAGCUAAUCCCUUAGGCCCCACCCUUGCCAAAGUCCCUUUCAUCUCCCAAUGUUCCCUGAAAACAAUUUUCCUGCAGCCUCUGGGGUCCUGUACCUUGUUUCUCUUAGCAUCUACAAUGCCUCUUCUCCCCCACACCUAGUGCCAUCUUUGAGUCCAGUCAUCAUGCAUACCCUCCCACUGUCCCUAUUCUGUUCACUUCUUCCAACUUCUCUUCAAAUUUUCCAGUCUUUCCCUCUAUAUCUCUGGAUAUAUUUGGGAGAGUCAUAUGACCUUUUUUCCCAGCUUUUUAUUGUGCUGAUCUAUAUAUAACAUCUCAACAAGAAGCCAAGUUAGAAAGGGAAUUAUCUCAACACAGUGGAUGUAGCUUUGUCUAAUGGAGUGAAACCUAAUGAAAUCCACAAAAGGAUCAUAAAAUUCUUAAGUUUAUGUUGUCAGAGACACUGCUAUCUUGUACUGACAAGGACAGAGAAAGUACAUCAUGAAAGUUGGACCCUAAGAUUUCUACCAGCAGAAACCAACUUGAAAGAACUAUUCGGCAGAACAGACACGUGCUACUUUCUGUAAAUUGGAGAUAGUAAGUGUCCACAUCAUUAUUUUCUUCAUGAUUUUUAAGUCCCCAUUAUUUCAAGUGAAUGUAAAAUAAUAUUUUUAAGUUUUAAAGGACCUGGAGCCCCCAAGACAAGUAGAUCUCUGCACCUGCCCCCCACCCCCGGAAUCUUAAAGUUUAUAUAGCAGUCUUAACUGGGUUCAGUCAUGUAAACUGUCCAGAUGGUCUUCACCCACAUUUUACUCUCCAAUUGCCCAGGUCCAGGUCCAGGGUCAACAUUCAAUCACAUUCUCUUGAUGACCUCAUUCAACAGAAGAGGCUAAUUUAACAAGAUGAGAUUUUUGUGAACCUCGAAGUGUGAUGGAUGAUUUAGCAUUUGGGAAGGACAAGACUCAUUAGAGGCCAGUGGGUGGACCCCAUAAUGACCCAUAUGCUUGUAUAAUUCCUUCCUGUGGAGUGUGGGAAAGACCUGAGAGUAUCCACCCCAUGAUAAGUCGUGGUACCAAGUGAGUUUAAGAAAGGGAUAUUAUUCUUGGCGGACAUGACCUAAUCACAUGGAAUAGAAGUGGGGGGUGAGGGUGUGGAUAGAGGAAUGCACUGGAUUUUGAAAGCAAGUUGGACAUAUUUGGUGACACAUACAUAACCCGAACAUCAGUUUAUAUUCCUUGGCAUAUGCCAUAACUGCCCUAAUGUCUCUCCAACAAACUGAGAUUCCUGGACGGAGGGAUCCUAUGUGCUCUCUGCUUCCCCCAUCAGCCUGGGCACUCCCAGUGUUGACUGCCUUCUAUGCACCAGGACUGGGAGCUCCGGACACACAUGGAAUGCGGCUUCUCCCAGGCGAGCACACCAGGCUGUCCAGGCCAGGGGUGUGGCCGGCACAAGAAGGCGGUUUCCCAGCAGCCCCUGGGGCCCACACGCGCCGCCUGGCGGCUCAGUCAGGGCCCAGGUGCAGGAUCUGCCCGAUGGAGAUCGCGGGGCCUGGGGGCUCAGGGGCAGGCUGGUGGGGAGCCUGCACCCUGGCUGUGGUCGUGCUCUGCCUACUCUCGCUCCCGCUGGGCACCGAGGUCGCCGGGACCACCACGCAGAGAUCGACACAGCCCUCUGAAGAGAUACAGCCACAAGCAGACACACAGGCCGAGUGUGGAAUACCUGCCGUAACUGGGAAGAUCUUUGGUGGCCGAGAUGCACCUCAGAAGCGGUGGCCGUGGCAGGCCAGUGUGCUCUACAGGGGCAUGCACAUCUGUGGAGCCACCAUCGUCAGUGCCUACUGGGUGAUCUCAGCUGCCCAUUGCUUCCAAAAGUCCCAUCACCCAGAUGACUACCAGAUCCUGCUGGGGUACUAUCGCCUAAAGUCUCCUACUCAGCACAGCCUGCAGAUGUCAGUGUACCGAGUCUUUGUCCACAAUGACUUUAACAAACGCUACUUUAUGGGGAGUGACAUCACCCUGUUGCAGCUGUAUGGACCUGUGAACUUUACUGAGUACAUCCGCCCUGCUUGCCUCCCAGGACGUAACCCCCAGGUGUCCUCUAGUGCCUCCUGCUGGAUAACCGGCUGGGGAAUGGUCACCGAGACCACGAUGCUGGGUGACCCCUACACACUGCAGGAAGCACAGCUCGGUAUCAUGGACAGCCAGAUCUGUACGAUGUUUUUCCAGGGGCCACAGCCCGGCAACAAUACCUAUUCUGUACAGGACGACAUGCUGUGUGCCGGGGACCUCAUGACAGGAAAGUCCAUCUGCCGAGGAGAUUCUGGGGGUCCCUUCGUCUGCAAUCUGAAUAACGUCUGGUUUCUGAUCGGGCUGUCCAGCUGGAGCCUGCCCUGCCAGCAGCCUGUAAGCCCCAGCGUCUUCACCAGGGUCUCCUACUUCUCUGAAUGGAUCACCCAGAAGCAGAACAGCUCACCCAAUCCAGACCCUUCUUCUGUUCCUCAUCCUCCGAGUGUACCUCCUGGUGUGCCCAUCUUUCCUUCUCUGGGCAAUAUCCAUAAGCCCAGGAGUGUCCUAACACUUGUGAUCUCACAGGUCUUGGUCCUGCUGCUGAUUUCCCUCUGGACACUGCAGCUGUGACAGAUGGGGCCCUCCUGGCCUUCUCCCCAGAAGCCUGCCUAUGUUAGUACCAACAGGCUCUACUUAAAUGUGUCUAUCUCUGAGCCCUCCUGUCAUCUGAAGUCUGCUGUAGCCUGGUAAAAUAAAAAUAAUGAAAGAAGCUUCCUUCUCUUUUCUGACCCAAUAGAGCCACUUCACAUCUGUACCCCACUGUGUUUUGAGCUCCUCCCUAGGGCUGGGGUGGGGAAGGACAGGGACAGUGCCAUCUGAAACUAAUUCAUCCUGGCAGAGUCUUCUAGAAGAGCUGGCAUGGCUCAGGGCCAAAUCCUUACUUCUUUGAGGAAGUGGCAUGCCCUAGAGUCUGCAGGUCACUGAUGGCCAACGUGAUAGUCAACCUCGAGACAGAUGAUUUGCCCUGAGCUGAGGAUGGAAAAGGCCACUGAAACUGCAUGAAAGGCACAAAGAGACCUGGCCACGAGUUUCAGGUCAGCAGUCCUCAGAGCUCUGCUCUGGGGCUCAGCUCCGGGCCUCCCCCACCACCAUGCCCACAGCUCUGUCCUCUUCCAAUCUCCAGGGACCAAGUCCACCAACUCUGUGGACUUGCUGUGCCCUGAAGUGGUUGAGGUUGGGCUGACCCAGCACUGAGCCCAUAAGCCAUGUUCUGAGCUGCCCCCGACAAACAUGCCUGGGUCACAGAAUCUUAACUAGUUAGCAGAGCCCUUAGAAUAGUCUUGCAACCACAGCCCCUCGCCUGGACCCCUGAUGGUCAGAGAGUAGUCUCCAGUCAUUGCAGGUGUGCUGUGUCCAAAGUGUCAUCAGGCAUUCUGUGCAAAUUCUUUCCAAACCUGUUUUUGCCCCAAUAGCCCUGUAACCUGACCAGCAAGUGAGAACAAGUGAAGUCAUGUACACACAGUCACCAGAAUCUUGCUGCUGCUCACACAGAUAUUUCCUUCCAAGCUCAGCAGUGUCUGGAAGUAAGAAAGCCCUCCCCUGAGAGUAGGCUUAGUUAUGGGCUACAGGACAGGGAGGUGGCCCUGAGGUAGGAGUGAGCACUUGAUCAGUUCAGUACUGGAGCAUCAGCCACCCAUGGCCCAUGGAACUGCCACUUUCCUUUAACCCACAGUGACCCCACUGGCUUUCCUAGAUUUCCUUCACAUAGUAACUUCUGCUUUUGUCCACCAAUAGCAUGUUUCUGUGUGGCAUGGACGGAUAUGAUUGCUUGCUUUUCUGUGAAGUUCCCUGGGCUGCCAACUCAGUAGAUAGAAAUACAUUUCCCAAAUACUCUGCAGAUCUAACAAAUCAGAGCUCUAACUCCAGCUCACCUCUUUAUUAACUGGAAUCAGCUUAAAGGCCUAGUAUCAUUAUCCAGGUUUAGUCUCUUUUUAAAGAUCUGGACACAAGGCCUAGCCUGGAUAAGUAACCUGUCUGAGGUCCAUAUGGUCAAUAGUGGAAUAGGAAUUCCAGCCCAGACAUCUCUGGAGUGCUCAAAACCUCUCUUCUCCUCUCUAGAGCAGACCCCUCAAAUACUCCCCAGGCUCUGCCUGACUCCCUUUCUCAGGACUAACCUGUCCCAAAUGUGGCCCAGAAUUACCUCUCGUCAGUGUCAAGCAGAGAUCCCAAAUAACAAGAUCAAGGUGAGAGUGCAGAGCAGAUCUGCAGGUUCAGUGUGUCUGGGGCUGGGGGACAGGCUGGGAGUGCCAUCUGCAGUGGGUUUCACCAGACCUGCUGUUGGGAGUUCCCCAUAGGCUGCUGGCUCCCACUCCAGAAUCAACACUGGAUGAACUUGGGAGGUGACAAGAAAAUAUAGAUUUCAGAAACCAAAAUCAGUAAGAAAACCCAGAGAACCUAGAGUGGUCUGUAGCUAGGGAAAGAAGGGAGGGCAGUGAGAUGGUGGGCUUGAAGAAGUCUUUUACAUGUCUUACUCUUCCCUUUUCCCACGCUACAUCCUCAUUAUAGAUGAUGCCUAAUCCUUCUCUGGUGUGAGUGUAUUAGGGUGGCUGUGGCAACUGGUGUGUAGGUCCCACCAGCUACCUUCGAGUAUUUGUCCUCCAUCCCCCUGAUUUUACCCCCAAGGGCAGAGGGAUUGCUAUUAGGGAGACUUGAUCCUUCCUUCCUCUGUGAUUUCUUCUAAGGCUUUAAAGUCGUAACCCAACUAAAGGAGCUAUCCAAUGGGGUCAGUAUGAAAGAGAGGUUAAGAGGGGCCCUUUGUGCCUGAAGCCCUCUGCUCUGGGAACAGUCUCCCUUCUUCUUGAAACCCCCCUCCCCAGGACCUUGGCCCCUCUCUGAUGCACUGUACCAAAUAGAACUACAGAGUAUCUGCUAACCAUGGCAACAUGAGCACACAUACCCACAUAACUACACACUGGUGUGACUGUCACAUGAGAAAUACAACAGACUACAGGUUACGGAUGAUAUGAAAUGAAGUUGUUGGAAAAGACAGUUCAAAAAAUUUAAUAAGCAUGAUAAAUAAUAAAUAUCCUUAUGGAUAUAGGAAAAUAUUAUUAGCAAUAAGUCAUAAGACAAACAAAUGAAAAGAAACAAGUCAAAAUAUUACAUAGAAAUCAUAUAGUAAUUGAAUUAAGGAGUGAAUCAUAGAUAGGAUAAUGAGAGAGGAAUGCAUACAUUAACUUGUAUGAAGAUUACAAUGUAGGGAUUUUGGAGCUAUCACAAAUCUGUGUUCCAAACAAACAAAAAAACUCUACACCUAAAGAUAAGAAGGAGCCACAAAGAGAUGGUACAAGGAGUGUUUUGUAAUAUAAUCAAAUCCCUUACUCUCUGGGUGGGCAACCCACAAACUGGAAAACAAUCAUAUUGCAGAGGUUCUCCCACAAAGUGAGAGUUCUAAGCCCCAUAUCAGGUUCCCCAGCCUGGGGGUCCACAUCAGAAGGAGAAACCCCCAGAGCAUUUGGCUUUGAAGACCAGCAGGGCUUGAGCAUUGGAGUACCACAGUAAUUGGGGAAACAGAGAAUCCAUUCUUGGAGGGCACAUACAAGUUUCCAUGUGCAUAAAGACCUAGGGGAAAGCAAUGAAGCCACAGGAGUCUGGGCCAGACCUCCCUGCAGGUCUUGGAGGGCCUUCUGGGGAGGCAAGGGUUGGCUGUGGUUCACUGUGGGGGCAAGGACACUAGUGGCAGAGGCCCCAAGGACUGUUGAUUAACAUGAACUCUACCAGAGGUUACCAUUUUGGAACCAAGACCUGGCCCCACCCAAAAGACCCAUAGGCUCCAGGACUGAGCCACCUCAGGCCAAAAAACCAACAGAGUGGAAACAAAGUCCCACC